AUGAGUAUCGACCUUCUCACCAAGAUUUGUGGUAUUCAAAACGCCAUCGUGUUCGAAGGCGGGGUCGUUAUGAAAGGCCCAACCGCCAUGCUUCUGCCCAUCAGCAGACAGGGGGAUAUUAUUCAAUGGCAUCUUGUGGUCCCCGAACAUGGUCGUCGACGACUUUCGUAUUUGGAGGGCCUUAGACAAUGCAAAAACCGAGCCUUAAUCGACGAGGUUGACCUUGAAGCAUUGAAAGACACUCGGGCGAUAGUGGGAUGGUGGUCCGAAGCACGUACGAGGCUCGGAGACCCGGAUGUCAACUAUGAAAAUAUCGACUACUCGACUGCAGAAGAAUAUGAGCCCACUGUGCGGUUCUCUAAGUUGGCUCUUGGUGUUCAACAGUUUGCCACAGCCCAGUUUGAGGCUACUCUUGGGCCCAAGGACUCUGGAUACCAGAUGAAGUGGGGAAGUGGUGCGUACGAAGACACAAUAUUUGACGCCAAUCAGAUGAGAGUUGUACUCUACGAUACCGCAGAUUCUCGAGCUUGGUUCGCGAAUGGCGCCGAAGUCAUUUUGCACAUGAUCCGGACACGCAGUACGCAGCGCCCUUUCAUCAUCAAAGGCAGACGAGUAGACAUACCAAGCGAGGAAUCUGCCGCUGAUACACUUCUCCAACAUAAGGAUCUGGAGCUUGGUCUUGAGCCGACCGCUUCUUUCGCAUGGGAAUCGCCGUACUUCGGCAAAGCCCAUGCAGUAGCCGGCAAACCUCACUGGGAAGUCAGGUUACGCGUGAAACCGCGCGAUCUGCGGCGGCUCAUGCGAGAAGGCUUCCACUGGGACAUGAGCAACUUCGAUUUCGAGGCCACAUACACUCAGACACAUCUUCGUGGCGAGAAGCCGUCUCUGUUCAAGAGGGGAUGGACAUGCAGGCGAAACUUUUUCUUAUCCGACCUGGGAGACAAGCCUUACUGGACAGCGAAGUUGACUGUUUUUGCUCGGGAGAUCAGCGUCUUGAAAGAUUUCGAAGUCACGGAUAUCACGCCGGAGAACAUGAGUUGGGCGUGUGCGUUUGUUGACGCCACGCAAACGUCUGCAUGGGAGACGCCUAAGGCCAAUGGAGAGACUCAACAAGUCUAUUCAUGGGUCCAUGACAACCCUUCAAACACUUGGAACAAUAUUUAUGGCGACUUGGCACUGGAUGGCUGGUGGCCAUGGCCGAAAGCCGACGUCGAUACGAUGUAG